AUGAGCAACUUGAAUAAAAUCUCAAACGGUUAUGCCAUUGAAGAUGAAGACGACGAAGAGCUGCACACUUCUUGUGGAAUCGGAUCAUGGCGACCUCAGUGGCUACAGUGGCUGGCUAAUCCCUUCUUCUUUAUGGUCAACAUUUCCAUCGUCGGAGUUCUCCUCGGUCAAAGUGGCUCAGUGUACUACAGUCAAAGUUCCACUAUUGAAAAACGUUUUGGUUUUGACUCCAAACUGACCGGACUCAUCAUGAUCAUGGACAACUUUGCUGAAAUUGGGCUAAAUCCGUUCAUCAGUUACCUGGCCGUUCGCUACAACCGAGCCCGCCUAAUUGCCAUUGGUCAGGUGCUGGCGGCGCUCUCCUGCUUCAUCACCGCCUCGCCGUACCUUUUCUACGGCCCGGCAACGCAUCUGCUCACCGAAACGGACACCUCCUUUAAGUCCGCACUGAAAUCGCUCGAUAAUAAGACGGCCAACAACUUUGAGCUUUGUUCGGCCGACGGCCGUCUGGAGGAUUGUUCUGAGGGGCCCAGUGUGACGGUGUGGCCGGCAGUUGCUCUGUUACUGCUUGGCAGCUUCGUCCGCGGCCUCGGCUACACUAGUCUGGUGGUCAUUGGACUGCCUUACCUUGAUGACAACACCUCCAAGAAGAAGUCUCCUUUUUACAUUAGUAUUCUCAUGUCACUCCGAUUAAUUGGCCCUGCAUCGGGUUUUAUGAUUACCGCAUUUUGUCUGCGAAUGUAUGAGAAUCCGUUCAUGGACCCGGGUAUUAAGCACACAGAUCCGCGCUUUGUUGGCGCCUGGUGGUUGGCUUUUGUAGUCUAG